CAUAUCCUCAGUUUGUGCUCCUACCCUAAGGAUAUACAGCAGCACCAGGAGCUUACUGGUGCUGAAGAGAUUUGGUUUUCCCCUCAUUGGAUGCCGGCUUGACCUUGCAAAAUGGACAUGCGAGUAGCAGCCAUCCUCCUCUUCAUGGUGGCCUCCACAGCUGCCCAUGGAAAGGGGUACGUGGUGAAGAAGGUGAUGCCCUACCCUGUGAAGAGCCACGUUGUGUCAGUAGCAGGUGAUCCUGGUCCUCCAGGUGAGCCCGGCCCUGAGGGACCUGCUGGCCCUCCCGGCGCCCCAGGUGAGAACGGUGAAGGCCUUCCUGGACCCCAAGGACCUCCUGGACCUCCCGGUGCUCCUGGCCGCUCCAUCGCUGGCAAGCCUGGCUCCCCAGGUGGACCUGGCAAACCUGGAAGCAAUGGAGUGCCUGGUGAGAAGGGAGAUACUGGAGCCUCUGGCCCUCAGGGACCUAGGGGAGCCCCUGGAUCUCCUGGAAGCCCUGGACCUGCUGGUCUUUCUGCUACUGGCAAGCCUGGACCUUCAGGUCUUCCUGGAGCAAUGGGACCUAGAGGAGAACCUGGCCUGAAAGGUCAUCCAGGUGUCCCUGGACUUCCUGGUUCUAAGGGUGAUAGAGGGGUGGGAGCUCCAGGACCUCAAGGUGAGACAGGACCUGAAGGACCUAUGGGCCCACCUGGACAGCCAGGUGUGGGUGGAGUUGGAAAGCCAGGAAAGUCUGGUGCUCCUGGUGAGCCAGGAAAGUCAGGUAGCCCAGGUAGAGAUGGUGCCACUGGUCCUAUGGGACCCCAGGGACCCAAGGGACACACCGGUGCCCCAGGUGUAGGAGUUUCAGGUAAACCAGGUGAGAAUGGUGCCCCAGGUCUGCCUGGUCCAACUGGCCCUAAAGGCCACCAGGGACCUGCUGGAGCCACUGGUGCCCCCGGAGUCCCCGGAUAUGGAAAGCCAGGUGCAAAUGGAGAGAAGGGAGAGAGAGGAGCUACAGGUAGCCCAGGUGCCACAGGUGCUAAGGGUGACCAGGGUCCAACAGGAUAUACUGGUGCUACUGGUGCAACUGGCCCCACUGGUCCUACUGGACCUCAGGGUGAGAGAGGUUUCCCAGGUGAAGCUGGUGCUGUUGGCCCUAAAGGUGACACAGGUGCAACUGGACCUCAGGGAUCCAAGGGACACAAGGGAGAUCAGGGAGUUCAAGGUUUCCAGGGUAAGCAGGGUUAUCCAGGUGCAGCUGGUCCUCCUGGACCCAGAGGUGCCACUGGACCCACUGGUGACAAAGGUCAUGCUGGCGCCCCAGGUACGCCUGGUGCCCCUGGUAUUCCAGGCCCUGCUGGACCCAAAGGUCAUCCUGGCCGUGCAGGUGAGACCGGUGCUUCUGGAUCUGAUGGUGCUCCAGGUCCCAGAGGACCCGCUGGAGCUCAAGGUCCUGCUGGUGCUCCAGGCCUUAAGGGACACCCAGGUCUCCCCGGUUCUCCUGGCCCUGCUGGCUUGGCUGCCAAGGGUGUCCCUGGACCUCAGGGUCCCCCUGGUGUUCCCGGUGAGCCUGGAGCUGAUGGAGAGGAUGGCCCAGCUGGUCCUCCUGGUCCUCCUGGUCCUCCCGGUGAGGUUGUGUUCGAGAAGGGCAUGGGAGUGAGUGAGGUCAUGGUCAAGUCCCCCAUGUCUGCUUUCACUGCAUCUCUGGCCACCCCCUACCCUGCUGCUGGCACCCCCAUUAAGUUUGACCAGAUCGUGUACAAUGCUGAGAAUCACUAUGACCCUGAGACCGGCAUUUUCACUUGCCAGGUUCCUGGAGUUUACUACUUCUCCUACAGCAUCCAUGUGAAUGGAGCUCAUGCCCUGGUGGCUCUGUACAAGAAUGGCCAGCCUGUUAUGUUCACUUAUGAUGAGUACAACAAGGGCUUCCUGGACCAGAUGUCUGGUAGUGCUGUCCUCUUGCUCGAUGAGCAGGACACAGUCUAUGUCCAGAUCCCUGAUGAGGAAGCCAAUGGUGUCUUUGCUGCCGAGAAUGUCCACUGCUCUUUCUCUGGGUUCCUCAUUGCUUCAACGUGAUACGUUGAUACAGUAGUUCCCAAAAGCCGAACCAACUAAAUUUGCAAUCUAUUUCUCAAAGUAAACUCCCUGUUCAUUUUUCCUCAACCCAACAGACAGGCAGUUCACCCUUCUUUGAGGAAUAGUAGCAUCUCAACUUGAAAACUACAAGAAAAUAGGUGCUUAGAAGAAGGAAAACUAAUUUAUGAAAACAGGUGAUCAGGGAUGGGGAAGCAAUCCACAAAGUUACCAGUGAGCUUUUGUAAUGGAGACAGCAUGUGAAAUUGAGGUGUUAUAACUGUGUUGUGUCCUGACUUUUUUCUUUUCCACUCUGUUCCUUUUAUACUGACUUCAACUGGUGACUCUUAAUUUAGUGUUUGUCUGUUUUUGUUUGUUUUUGUACAACCUUGUUUUUUUUUUUUGGGUGACCAAUAAUCUUAUUAAAAGUACACUAAUGCUUUUCUGUGCAACAUGUUGUAACUAAAUGUGACUUGAAUAUAUUGUGAAAUGGUAAUGGUCAAAUUGACCGUUAUAAUGAAAUAAGUCACCAGAAUACUGUCAUGCACACACAAACUGUUUAACAACAACAUUGUUAUAUCCCUGGACAUGCGUUAUGACAUGCAAAGCAUAAUGACAAAAAUAAAUGAUGUCUUAACGAA